CGGGGACUCAUCUCCGGGGCUAAGCCUCCUUCCUAGGCGCGCCGCUGGGAACCCUGCUCUGGCCGGGUGUUACCCGGGUGCAGCCCUCGAGGCUCUCUGGAAAGCCUUGGGGCAGGUGGCCCAUGGAGCCAGGGCUGCUGCGACCCGCGCCGGUCAGCGAGAUCAUCGUCCUGCAUUACAACUACACCGGGAAGCUCCGAGGCGCCCGCUACCAGCCCGGUGCGGGGCUGCGCGCAGAUGCCGUCGUGUGCCUGGCCGUGUGCGCGCUCAUCGUCCUGGAGAACCUGGCGGUGCUGCUGGUGCUCGGGCGCCACCCGCGCUUCCACGCGCCCAUGUUCCUGCUGCUGGGCAGCCUCACGCUGUCUGACCUGCUGGCGGGCGCCGCCUACGCCGCCAACAUCCUGCUGUCGGGGCCGCUGACGCUGCGCCUGUCGCCGGCGCUGUGGUUCGCGCGCGAGGGCGGCGUCUUCGUGGCGCUGGCCGCGUCCGUGCUGAGCCUCCUGGCCAUCGCGCUCGAGCGCCGCUUCACCAUGGCCCGCCGGGGCCCCGCUCCGGCCGCCCGGCGGGGACGCACGCUGGCCUUGGCGGUGGCCGCCUGGGGCUUGUCCCUGUUGAUCGGGCUGCUGCCGGCUCUGGGCUGGAACUGCCUGGGCCGCCUGGACUCGUGUUCCACCGUGCUGCCGCUCUACGCCAAGGCCUACGUGCUCUUCUGCGUGCUCGCCUUCCUGGGCAUCCUGGCGGCCAUCUGCGCCGUCUACGCGCGCAUCUACUGCCAGGUGCGCGCCAACGCGCGGCGCCUGCGGGCGCGCCCCGGAGCGGGUGGGAGCGUCUCCGCGCGGUCUCGCCGCACCCCGCGCUCGCUGGCGCUGCUCCGCACGCUCAGCGUGGUGCUCCUGGCCUUCGUGGCCUGCUGGGGCCCCCUCUUCCUGCUGCUCUUGCUGGACGUGGCGUGCCCGGCUCGCGCCUGCCCCGUGCUCCUGCAGGCCGAUCCCUUUCUGGGCCUGGCCAUGGCCAAUUCGCUGCUGAACCCCAUCAUCUACACGCUCACCAACCGCGACCUGCGCCACGGGCUCCUGCGGCUCCUGUGCUGCGGCCGCCGGCCCUGCUGUGUCGGUCCCGGAGCCUCCCGGCGGCCGGGCGUCGCCGCUGGGGCCUCGGGGGGUCUGCAGCGCUGGCUGCCCCCUGGUCUGGACGGCAGCUCCAGUCGCUCCGAGCGCUCUUCGCCCCUGAGGGACAGGCUGGACACCAGCGGCGACACUGGAGACCCCGGCGUGCCCACCACCGCCCCGCCCCUGGGUCCGGCUCCGGCUGCAGACUGACAGACUCUCUGCGCGCUGGCCCUUUUAGCAGGAGCGUGGCAGAAAUUUUCUUUGGGAAAAAAAAAAUUGGUGGGGGGUGAAGGGCCAGAGAGGUGGUACAGUGGAUAGGGCGCCUGCCUUGCACUCGGCCAUCCCGGGUUCUAUUCCUCCUGGCAUCUCAUAUGGUCCCCGAGCACCACCAGGAGUAAUUCCUGAGUGCAGAGUCAGGAGUAACCCCUGAGCUUCGCCGGGUGUGACCCAAAAAUAACAAAAAAAAAAUUGGGGGGGAGGUGAUUUUGGGGAUUGAACCCGGGCUUCUUUAUCCAUGCAAGGGAGGAGCUCUGCCAUGGAGCCACAUCCCCCAUCCUAGAAUUUUUCAUUUUUCCAUUAAGGAAUUUUAGGAGAAGCCCUGGAAGAUGGCAUGGGUGGAGGAGACCCGAGAAACGGCUCCAGUGGGCCCCAGGCAGAGGCAAACACCCCAGUUCCUGGUUGACAUGGUGGAUGGUGCCUGGGGAACUGAAAUCUUCCCAGAGCUCCCUAGUAAUGGAGACAAUUCCAUGGACAAUACAGCGAUGAACCCAGGGUCAGGGGAAGCUUAGCCUUCACUGUCUCCGGACCCUGAAGGAACUGCAGGGUGCGGGGGGGGGGGGGGGGGGCACCACAUGCAGAGUUCCAGUGUCCGGUGUGUCCUGCCUCCAUCUGCAGUAAAAGAGGUUCCGGGUAUGUCUGGAGCCAGGACAGAGGAGGGGAGGGAGCCAAGUCACGGGACAGCAUGAAAGGGCCAGAGCUUCCCAAAGGAGUCACAGUUCCAUCUGUGGAGGGACAGAGCGGGCAGGGCUUUUGCUUGGAGUGAGCCCCCAGCUAUGGAGGGUUGUAGGCAGAGGCGGGUCAAGGGUCAGGACUCAAUUCAGUUUUUAAAAUUUGCUUUUUGGGGGCUGGCGCGAUAGCACAGCGGGUAGGGCGUUUGCCUUACAUGCAGCCGACCCGGGUUCGAUCCCCAGCAUCCCAUAUGGUCCCCUGAGCACUGCCAGGGGUAAUUCCUGAGUGUAGAACCAGGAGUAACCUCUGAGCAUCGCCGGGUGUGACCCAAAAAGCAAAAAAAAAAAAUAAUAAAAAUAAAAUAAAAUAAAAAAAAAAUAAAAUUUGCUUUUUGGGUCACACCCGGUAAUGCUCAAGGGUGACUCCUGGUUCUGCACUCAGGACUCCUGGCGGGGCUCAGGGACCAUCUGGGAUGCUGGGGAUCCAACCUGGAUCGAAUUGGCUGCGAGUUAGGCAAGCACCCUCCCCACUGUACUAUCGCUGCAGCCCUCCAGGACCCUCUUCUGACUUUUCCACGUGCCUCGCAUCUCUGAGGGACCAUGGGGUGGACACUAGAAUAACAUGAAGGUGUUCUGGGGAGUGAGGUGGGGGGACCUGUGCUUUGCGGUGGAUUCUGACAGCGCUGGGCAGAACUGAACAAGGAAGUGAAAGAAGAAAAGGAGCCAAACUCACAUCUCUGGUUUAGGGGUGAAGACUCACAGGUGGGGCUCCAUGAAACUGGAAACCAGGGGGCCAGGAGCUGGCCUUGCAGGAGGCUGGGUUUCAUUCCCAGCGCUGCGUGGGGUCCCUUGAGUCCCUGCCAGCAGUGACUCUGAGCACAGAGCCAGGAGUAAGCACUGCAUAUUGCUGGGUAUGGCCUCAAAAUGAAACAAAUAAAUAAAAAAUUAAACUUUG